AUGGACGACGAGGACUAUGACAUGGGGGAAGACACCAUCGUUACUUCGACGGAGCCUAAUGGUGAUCAUGUACCAGAUACCGUAGACCCGUCCGAGCUUUUUCACAACAUCAGAGGACCGCAAUUGUCCAAGAGAGAGCAAUUGCCCUUUCACAGUCCGUCAAAGAAUACCUCAUUCCUGCAACCUAGCACCAUACAAAGCCAGCCCGGGUCGCAUCAAACAACGAAGUCACCGAGUGGUUGGUCAGAUAAAAUGAGCAUGUCGCGUCCCACUCCUGUUCGGCGCUCAAGUCCACAGGUUCGCAUACCCCCAAAACCAAGAUCGUCGCUUCUUCCGUACGCGACCAAGAAAACUGGCCUGGUUUAUGAUUCUCGUAUGCGCUUCCACGCAGAGCUCCCUGAUAUGAAUCUAAUCGAUGAUAUCCAUCCCGAGGAUCCGCGUCGCAUUCACUCCAUCUAUGAAGAGCUCAGGGAAGCUGGUCUUGUGGAAACUGGCGAUAUGGAUGGAGAUCAAGAAGACAAGUGCUGGAGGAUCAUGACGCGCUUUGCUACGAGACCAGAGAUUCUCCUUAUACAUACGGCAGAGCAUUACGCAUUCGUGGAGUCAUUGCAGAACAUGACUGAAGAAGAUUUGAAGCUUCAGGCUGACAGUCGUGACUCGAUCUACUUCAACCAUGCGACUUAUGACUGCGCCAAGCUCGCGGCUGGUGGUGCUAUCGAGGCCUGCAAAGCGGUCGUGCAAGGAACUGUGCGCAAUGCAAUCGCCAUUAUUCGUCCUCCCGGACAUCAUGCGGAGACCAAUCAGCCUUCUGGAUUCUGCAUUUUCAACAACGUCCCCAUAGCCACUCGCGUGUGUCAAAAUGAUUACCCAGAGACCUGCCGUAAGGUCUUGAUCCUGGACUGGGAUGUACAUCACGGUAAUGGCAUUCAGCACGCCUUUUACGACGAUCCGAACGUACUCUACAUAUCUCUGCAUGUCUACAAAGACGGAAACUUCUAUCCCAACCUGAAGGAUGGCAAUCUCGACUAUUGUGGUGAAGGUCUUGGUGAAGGAAAGAACGUGAACAUUCCGUGGGCUGAACACGGCAUGGGCGACUCAGAAUAUCUCUAUGCUUUUCAAGAAAUCGUCAUGCCCAUUGCUACUGAGUUCGAUCCAGAUCUUGUUAUAGUCUCGGCUGGUUUCGAUGCAGCCGAAGGGGAUCUACUGGGCGGUUGUUUCGUCACUCCCGCGUGUUACGGUCACAUGACGCACAUGCUUAUGCGACUCGCAAAAGGGAAGAUCGUAGUGUGCCUUGAAGGCGGUUACAAUCUGAGAUCAAUAGCGCGCUCAGCGCUAGCAGUAACGAGAGUACUCAUGUUGGAGCCUCCAGAUCGAUUGAACGAUGACCUCCCAGCUCCGAAGGAUAGUGCAGUCUACGUUGUCGAGAACGUGAAACGCCAGCACUCCAAGUACUGGAAAUCGCUCUACCCCAAACAUCUGGACAAAACCGACCCCGGCUACAAAGACACAUUUCGAUUGCACGAGGUCAUCCGCGAAUGGCAGAGCCAACGACUGUCUUCAGAGCACUCGAUGGUUCCCCUUCCUCCACUUCAAAUCAACAAAUCAGGGUUGGCGCAGACUUUCGAGCACAAUGUUAUCGCUACACCAAACUUCAUGGAGCGACAUCCUCUCCUCGUGAUCUUCCACGACCCACCGGGCUUUCACGACCAUUCCGAUCCGGUAACUGGCAAGAGAGAGUUACACAACACAUGGCUCACUGAUGUCACGAAGAGGUAUAUUGACUGGGCCAUCAACAAUGACUUCCAGGUCAUUGAUGUCAACAUUCCGAAAGUCGUUACAGUAGAAGACUCAAUCAUCGGCUACAUGAGAUCCGAGGAUUCCGCAGUUCGAGCACAACAAACACGCGAGCUCGCAGCGUAUCUGUGGGAGAACUACAUUGAACCAAACGACGCGACCCAAGUGUUUUUCAUGGGUAUCGGCGAUGCAUAUCUUGGACUCGUCGAUCUACUCAGUCACAAUGAAAACUGCACCGAACCUGAUAGUCCGGUCGAAUGCUUGAUUGGAUUUGUGGGAGAAACAACCAUUCAGUCGAUAAAACGAGCGACAGAUGACACGAUAUCAAGUUGGUACUACUCACACUCCAUGAUCUUUGUGAAGAACAGUCACUUCGUUUGGAAUCCAAGUCGUCAACGCAAGAUGCGCAAGAAGCUUGGCAAUCUUAUCCAAUCACCCAAGGAUGGUCUAGACGACAUGCUUGAGCAGCACUUGGAGGAGGUGCAAACUCUGCUUCUGGAAAAGAAGAGCGAGUUCGAAGAGAUGAAUGACUUGUCCAGCCGUACUGAUGAAGGACCGCAGAACAUGGCUGCCGGACUGCGAAGCCCACCCUUUCCAAGUGCGUCACAAACACCCAAACGUUUCGACCCUGCGACGAGACAAGAAGGUGCCGCGAAUCUACUCAAGAGCCCUAAGAUGCCACAGAUGGGAUUGUUCAGCGCGAAGAGUCCGGGUUCAAGGAGUCCCAUGAAAAGGCCGCCUCCAUGA